GCUGAGACCUGGAGUGGUUUAUAAGGAGGCUUGAACCUGGAGUGUGAGCAUUUAGGAGACCCAUUCCCUCACCCCGAGACUCACAUUACCACAAGGUUGAGGGUGUCCCGAGGGGAGAGCUGGAAGGAAGUCCUGUUGUUGUCAAAAUGGUCCUGUUUACACUCUGCGCCACUUUCUUGUGCACUUUUGUGCUGCCGCUAUCGCUGUUUCUGGCUGCGGUGAAACUGUGGGAGAUUUACUGCAUUAGUGGAAGGGACCGUAGCUGUGGAAGCCCCUUACCUCCGGGGUCAAUGGGACUGCCCUUCCUGGGAGAGACUCUUCAGCUAGUCUUGCAGAGAUACAAGUUCCUCAAGAUGAAAGUGCGAAAGUAUGGGCACAUAUACAAGACUCAUCUUUUCGGGAGCCCGACCGUGCGGGUCAUGGGUGCUGAGAAUGUGAAGCAGAUUUUAUUGGGGGAACACAAACUUGUGUCGGUGCAGUGGCCCGCCUCCGUGCGGACUAUCCUGGGAGCCGGCUGCCUGUCCAGCCUCCACGACUUGGAACACAAGCAGAGGAAGCGAGUGAUUUUGAAAGCUUUCUCCCGGGAAGCUUUGGAAAACUACAUGCCGGUGAUGGGAGAGGAGAUCCGUGGCGGCCUGAGUCGAUGGUUGCAAAACGGCUCCUGUGUCCUAGUCUAUCCCGAGAUGAAGCGCCUGAUGUUCGGUAUCGCCACGCGGAUCCUACUGGGGUUUGAACCCAGCCACACCAACCCGCGCACACAGCACGAGUUGAUCGAAGCCUUCGAGGAGAUGAUCAGAAACCUAUUCUCGCUGCCCAUCGACGUGCCUUUCAGCGGCUUAUACCGGGGCCUGAAGGCGAGGAACGUGAUCCACGCAAAAAUCGAGGAGAACAUCAGGAAAAAGAUGGCUCGGCGGGAGGCAGCGGGCCAGUUCAAGGAUGCGCUACAGCUUCUGAUUGAGCACUCGGAGCAGAGCGACCAGCCCUUGCAGUUACAGGAGCUGAAGGAAUCUGCCACCGAGCUCCUGUUCGGAGGGCAUGAGACGACAGCGAGCACGGCCACCUCGCUGGUCGCUUUCCUGGCCUUGCACCCCGAAGUGGUGCAGAAAGUCCGGCGGGAAUUACAGGAGCAGGGAUUACUGUGCAGCGACCUUAAAGAGAACAAACAAAUGACCAUUGAAGUCCUCGAACAACUUAAGUACACCGGAAGCGUCAUCAAAGAAACCCUUCGACUGCGUCCUCCGGUCCCCGGCGGCUUCCGCGUGGCCCUAAAGACCUUCGUGAUAAACGGAUAUCAGAUACCAAAAGGCUGGAAUGUUAUUUACAGCAUCUGUGAUACACAUGAUGUUGCAACCAACUUUUCAAAUAAGGAUGAAUUUAAUCCUGAUCGCUUCAUGGAAGGCUGCCCAGAAAAAGAUGCAUGCAGAUUCAGCUACAUCCCCUUUGGCGGCGGCUCAAGGAGUUGUGUGGGGAAAGAGUUUGCCAAGAUCCUCCUCAAAAUCUUCACAGUGGAGCUGGUCAGGAGUUGUGACUGGCAGCUUUUAAAUGGACCUCCGAUGAUGAAAACCAACCCCACAGUAUACCCAGUGGACAAUCUGCCGACAAGAUUUACACCAUUCCUAUGCAAAAUAUGACCUAUUAACAACAAACUAGAACCCUGCAGAUACAGAGUCUUAACAUGAACGGAUCCUGGUCUAAUAUUCCAUCCAUUAUACCAAUAUGUAUGCAAUUGGAGUAAUAUCCUUCAGGCUGUUAUGAAACUGGCAAAAGCUCGAAUUUAUGAAAUAUAAUUCUGUCUGUUUAGAUUGGUGAAAAUAUUUCUUCCACAAUUUUCUUUAUCUGUUUGACACUGAUAAAGUUGAACUGUUCAUUAAUUCUGUAUAUAAGCUAUUUUUUACGACUUGUAAUCUACUCACCGCGGCUUUUAGAUUCUGAAUUAUUUAAAUGCUUUGUAUCUUUGUUUAUGUGACUACUAAUUUAUGUCAAAGCCUUGGCAUGUAAAUAUUAUAACUUAAACUGCCUGGCAUACAUUGCAAGACCAUGUCGAGCAUUGAGCCAUGAAUUAAGAGGGAUGCUCAUGAAGAGGAAUUUUUAACAAAGCUAUAUGUAAUAAAAAAAUGAGACAUGAACCACAAA